AUUCUAAAAAGAGAUCAGCAUGGAACUCAGAAUAGGCUCAGAACUCAGAUAGAAAACCUUGUUCCUAGUUCUAAUUUAGGCUGUAACAUUAGCCGUAUUCUUUUGCUUCUCCAUAUUUAGCAUUGGUAAAUUUCUAUUGAAUAACAAUCUAUAGGGAUUCACUAAAAAUAAUUUUAAUUUUAAGAAGUUUAAAAUAAUAAUAAUAAUAAAAAACAACAACAGCAACAUCAGUAAUAUUAGCUAAUAUUUAUAAGGCUAAUUGUUUUAAAUAUACCCUCUUUUUAUCCUUAAAGCACUUUAUGAUUGUAGGUUAUCAAUAUUAUCUCCAUUUUACAGCUGAAGAAACUGAGGUUUCAAGAGGUUAAGUAUCUGCCAUGUUCUUAAUGCAUAUUUUAUUGAGCCUCCUUUGGAUUUUUUCUCUCCAUUUUAUUUGUCUUGUAUGAAUAUUACAGUGAUAACAGGUAUACCUAAAAAUCUAAAACCGGUUCUCAACACCAUUGUUUGAAAGGUUUUGUGUAAAUAUAUGUGUGUGUGUGUGUGUAUUCAUACAAAUGCUUACCUAAAUAGUGUAUAAAAUCUGAUUUAACAUAUAAAAAUACUAAAGAAAUGCUAGAUUUGUAAUUUGAGACUAAAAAUAAUAUUGUUCAAUUGUUAGUAGCAUCAAAGAAACAUUUGAAAAUAAUAUUAUAGAAGGUUAAACAAAUGGGAGAGGGGCUAUAAUCUCAGGCAGUUUUUGAGAUUUAGUGAGAAACAAAUAGGGUCCUUGGGACAACCUUUAGAAAAUGCUUUUGCACAGGAUGACCUCUUUUUUUUCCUUCGGGCUGUAACAAAGGGCAUUUUGUUAAUAGAGCAAUUUAUGUCAAAUCCUUUUUUGAGCUCAGGAAGACCAGAUUUUUGCUCCCAGGUUGUAUUUCUCUCAUCCUUCUAAGGCCAAGGUUUGAAAAAAAUCUCUAAAAGCAAGAUUCAAUAAAUACACGGGCUUGCUAGAAAUAUUUAGUCACUUGGUCUUGUGAUUGCAGCAAAUCAUCCACUUGAGCAGAACCCAAAGGGCUUGUAUUUCCCGUUAUGGGAAAUACAAUCUGGGUAAGAUGGACAAGGUUCUUGAAGGGGAGAAGUUUGUGGGUCACUUCAAAGUUACGCAUGCUUACCUAGGGUUCUCUCCUUGAGGAAACUCUGUUAGCGUCAGCAUCCAUAUUUCUGUUUUUAGUUUAGAAUGCUCAUUUCUCCUCCCCACUCAGCCUUCCCUUCCUGUUUUUUUUGUUGUUGUUGUUUGUUUUUUCUGUUUUGUUUUUUUUUCUGAUAGUUUUGCAGACUCAAAAUGCCUCUCUCAGGACACAGUGCAGAGGUCUGGGAUGUGAUGCUGAACCACCAGCGGUGAUUUAGAACAAUCAAGACCCCCUGGAUGUAUUUUUAUACUUUACCAGCAGUUUGAUAACUAAGGACUAUAAACUUUGAACGGUGAUUCCAAGUCCCCGUAGACUGUCAGGCUUACAAUUCACCUUCCACACUAUUUUAUAGAGAAUGACACUAGCUCCUGCCUUUUUAAAAAAAGUAACUUCUGGUUCAUUAGAAAAAUUGAAACAUGGUAUGUUAUAAAUGUUGAAAAACUAUGAUGGUUGACAGUAUUUUUAUGUAUAAAUUCCUUUUUAGGAUGGCCUUUCCUUAUUUGUUACUUACAGUAGCAAAUAAUCAGCCCAAAUAAGUUAUUUGAGUGUACAUAUCCAUCACAUAAAACCCAUUAAAAAACUCAUCAUAGCUCUUUCCCUGCCGCCGCGGAGUCGCGCGGAGGCAGAGGCGCGGGUGCACUCAAGAUUCAGCUCCACCUGUAACCCACCUCCAUGGCCAAGGAAGGCAUUGCUGCUGGGGGUGUAAUGGACGUUAAUACUGCUCUGGAAGAGGUGCUGAGGCCCGCUUUCAUCCGCGAUGGCCUAGCACAUGCCCAGCUCUGUGUGCUUGCAUCCAACUGUGAUGAGCCUAUGUAUGUCGAGUUGGUGGAGGCCCUUUGUGCUGAGCACCAAAUCAACCUGAUUAAGGUUGAUGACAAGAAACUAGGGGAAUGGGUAGGCCUCUGUAAAACUGACAGAGAGGGAAAACCCCGUAAAGUGGUUGGUUGCAGUUGUGUGGUGGUUAAGGACAAUGGCAAAGAGGCUCAGGCCAAGGAUGUCACCGAGGAGUAUGUCAAAUGCAAGAAAUGAUCGAAUAAACAAACUGGGCUCUUGUUCCUCAACAAACAAA